CCUUGUAUGUGUUUGGGCCACUAUUACCGGCUUUACAAAAACUAUACACACCACACACUCCUAAACACGUGACAAACAACCGGCCCCCAUUCCUUGAAUCGAUCAUGGACGACGCUACCUACCCGAAAAGUGCUGGCGAUAUCUGUACGGGAGAUUACAUUGUUAUCGAUAAACGCCCUUGCAAGGUUUUAAGCGUUUUUACCUACCAGUCAACAUCCAACGACAACAUGUGUGCCUUUGUUGCUACAGAUAUCUUCAAUGGUGCAGUUCGCAAUUAUGGUGUACCAGUUUCCCAUCAAUGUGAUGUUCCCCGUGUCAAGAUUACCAACUACAAGUUGAAGUUGUCAGAUAUGCAUGGAAAGGAUAGGGCUGACUUGAAGCUGCCAACUGAUGACACUGUUUGACUGCUUGAAUUGGCAUUUUCAAAGAAUCAUCCUCUGGUCAUGAGAGUGAUGUCGGCCAUGGGAGAGGAGCAGAUCUGUGGUGCUAGAUAUUUACCAAGUUCCUGAUAUUAUCUGAAAGCAGGUCGAGGUGGUGGCAUAGGGAUGAUUCGAAGAUGUGGCACCUGUUGGGUUAAUCUUGAUUUCAGGUCAUUAAGUCAAUGGGUCGUCUUUACAAUUAGAACGUAUCCUAGUAUGUUAUGUUAGUAAGUGAGUGUCUCAUUUUAAUUAGCAUGUGUCUAGAUUGGUGUCUUUGGUAUGUUUUAUUAGUUAGUUUUAUUUGGCUUUUGGUAGCAUGUUUUAUUUAGUCAAAAUAUAUGAAGUAGUGGACUAGGUGUAUGUGGAAGUCAUGGAGUGGAGUAUUAUGUAAUUAGAAUGUCUAUUUAAGGCUUGUUGUUUUCGUGAAUGAAGCAAGACCUUUCCACAA